UGUGCGAGAGGGGCCGCGCCCGACGCCGCCGCCCCCCAUGACCCUGCGCUCCGCCGGGUCCUUGGAGAGCGCGGAGGGCUCCGGGGAGCACUGGGGACAUCCCGGGGCGGCGGCCCCUGUUGCCGAGGAGUUCCGUGAGGCGACGCAGCUAGCCACGGCUAUGGAGGAGCUGCGGCGGGCAGGAUGGUACUGGGGCAACAUGACUGUUGCUGAAGCCAAAAAGAGAUUACAGGAUGCUCCCGAAGGGACCUUCUUGGUUAGGGAUAGUUCACAUUCAGAAUAUCUACUGACUAUUUCAGUAAAAACAUCAGCAGGACCGACCAAUCUACGUAUAGAGUAUCAAGAUGGCAAGUUUAGACUGGACUCUAUCACUUGUGUCAGAUCUAGACUUAAACAGUUCAACAGUGUCGUGCAUUUGAUUGAGUACUAUGUUCUUAUGUGCAAAGACAGAACUGAAACACCUUCAAAUGGAACAGUUCAUCUUUACUUGAACAAACCUCUCUAUACAUCCGCUCCAUCUCUGCAACACUACUGCAGAAUAACUAUAAACAAAUGUACAAAUCAGGUCUGGGAGCUGCCAUUACCAACAAGACUAAAAGAGUAUUUGAAAGAGUACCAAUACCAGGUAUAAAUAUAUUUCCUAAAUGCAUCUAAUGAAGACUAACUUUUAAACGCAAUUCUUAAAAUCAGCCAAAGAACUGAGUAACCAGUUGUACAGCUCAGCAUGGAAUUCACUAUCAAAACAGUGGCAGUUCUGGGGGAAAGGGUUUUAUUUCAGAUGUCACAAAGAGAGACUUUAUGUAGAGUAAUCCCAGCUUGUAUCCUUGGGGUUUCAACAAGGUGGCAUGCUAUUAUUGCAAGGAGAAAGAAGCCAGGAUUCUGUCCAGAUUGUGUUGCUUUGUCAAUGACAUAAAAUACUGCACUAAUUAUCAAAUGCUAACUGAAGCUGUGGGACCGGGAGAGAUUGCAGAAUUGGUCAGAGACAUAUGAGAGUGCAUAAGUAUCUCAGUUGUCUUACUCCAAGAUUAAUUUGGUGCUGGUGUUCGUAUAAUCCUGAAAGCUUAACUGGAUCACACUGUGAUAAUCUUGCCAAAGUUAUGCAACUAAUCAAAUCUAGUCAGAAAAAGUGAUCAUGUAUUCAUUUUUAUUGAAAUAUAGUUCUUAUGCUUUUCUGCAAAGGAAUACUGUAAUUAAACAAUUUAAAACAUGUUUUUUCAGAGUUCUCUAAAAGCUGACCUUAAUGAAAAAUGCCACAUCUUUUAUAGGAACCCAGUAUGUUGCUAAUUAUACCAGAUUGGUAUCCCAGAAUCUUUGUUAACAUGUUAACAUCUUCCCAGUGGUGAUAUAUCCAUGUUAUUACUAUUAAGCCUCUUUUGGUUGAGGCUUUAGGACUGUAUGCUGCAGACUUGCAGUUGCUGAGUUCCAAUGUCAAAACAUGGAUAUCAGCAGUUACAGCUGUCUUCUACAGUGUAGAAUGUUUUAUUCAGCUUGUCUCCCAAAAUGUGGGGAAAUACAGAUUCGGGGGGUUUUGGAGGGUGUUGUUUGAGUUUGGUUUGUUUGUUUGUUUGUUUGUUUGUUUUCCCUAUUCUAAUUCAUCAUUGUAGCUAUCAGACUAUUACUCAAUAAAGUAAAUCAA